AUGUGGUAUUAUGACAGCGGCAACGGCGACUGCCUCUCUUUCGCCUACUCCGGCUGUGGCGGCAACGAGAACCGGUUUCCUUCCCUCUCGGCUUGUCUCGAGGCUUGCGGAUCCCAGACCGCGGCGCCAGUGGUGAAAUUGGAUGCCUCACAGCUCGCAGAUGAAGACAAAACGUCCAUCUCGGAGCUUGUCACUUCCUCUACAGAGGCUUUCAUGACAGAGGAGAAAGGAGAAGGGAAGCCUCUUGAAGCCGAUUAUCCUCGAGAACCUCUUCCAUUGUUUCCGUCGCCAGUUUAUAAUUUGACUAACUUCUCACCACAGUCAGUCGAGAUUGAGCCGUGCAGCAAACGACCAGAGCCCGGGCAAUGUGUUCCGAUUGGGUGUCAAAACGGGACUGGCUGUCAAGCUAAGCAUUUCAUGCGGUGGUUCUUCAAUCCGCGCACAAGCAACUGUGAAAACUUCGCCUACAGUGGAUGCGGUGGUAGUGCCAACACCUUCGAUUCUGCACAGUCCUGUUCCAUCGCCUGCAAACAGCGCAUCAUGAGGCCUGGGAGAGAUAGGCGCUGUGAUAACAACCCGAAGCGUGAUGGAUGUUUCAGUCUUCCACUUCCUCACCACAACGAAACGGUGAUUGAGGCACCAGAAGUAUUAUUCUACUUCAGCGUCUCCAGCGGCACUUGCAGAGCUUUCCACCCAAAGGCGGAUGGCGAGGGCUGUGGACGGCAGGCUUACUUCACAGACGGGCAGGAGUGUCUCAAGGCCUGCGCAAAAUCUUCCCCUACCGAACAAGACUUGCCGAAUCGAUGCUUCGCACGAAAGCUCAAUUCCGGUGCAACAAAAUGUCCACUUGAGCGUCACAAUAUUUCGCGCUGGUCGUACCUUCCCGACCUUCAACAAUGUGUGCUCUUCUCCGAGUGUCACAAUCCAGGCAUAGCGGUCUCAUCUGCAUGGGGAAACAACUUCGAGACCAAAGAACUGUGCGAAGCCACUUACGUCUGUCGGUUGCCAAAGGACACUGGUCCUUGUUCAGGAAGCCACGCCCGCUAUUACUACGACCCAGUAAAAGGAAAGUGUCGUCUUUUCAUGUAUGGUGGUUGCCUUGGCAACGGAAAUCGAUUCAGCACGAAGACUGAGUGCGAGGACGCUUGCGGAUCAUUCAGCGUGAUCUACGACACAGGAUCCUCCGUCGCCAAGACAACCGAUGUGUCAUCUGCACAGGUUGAGAAAGUACCGCCUGUUCCCGCUGAGGUUUUUGAGGAAAUGCGACGCAUCAAAAUUAUACGCCUUCACGAUGGAAGCACUGAUCACGGGGUUCAUCUUACGCGUUACUUCUACAACCGAAAGACGAAGCAAUGUGAACCCUACUUUUACACCGGUUGUGGUGCUCGAGGUAAUCACUUCGAGACAAAAUCGCAGUGCGACAACGUUUGCACCCGGAGACUCCGUCGAUCGGUAUCACCCAUUUGCGAUGCGAACCAUGUGGAUGAGUGCCCGGGCAGUGGACUCCGUCUUUGGAUCUAUGAAGCGGAGGCGGGUACUUGUCGUCAAGUGGAGGUGUGCUCCAGCUUGAGGACCGCCUCUGUGUCCUUCCGACUGCCAAUGGAGGUGGCGAAAGAUGUCUUUAGACUGCAGCCCGGUAUCAGCGGCAGUGGUGGCAUCAAUAGCUACCUUUUGCCCGGCACUUUCGCAUCCAGCUCCGCCUGCUACAACUACUGCCUCCCACCGACGCCCAGUGGCACCGAUGUUACCAAUAUCUGUCACAUCGACCCGAUCACCUCAGUUUCGAACGAGUGUCGCAUGAUGGGCAAGCGGUGGUAUUUUGACGUGAAGGAUGGCUACUGCCGCAGUUAUAUCUCUUGUCCAGUGUACGGUAACAACUUUGCUGAUGAGGAGACCUGCAACUUUGCCUGUCGGUCCAAACAUAUUUCCGAAGUUUGUAGACUGCCACUGGACUAUGGCGGUUGUUCUAGUUUUCUUCCACGUUGGUAUUACAACACCGACAAACGUAGAUGUGAUCAGUUCCUUUAUGGUGGUUGCUUCGGGAAUUCCAAUCGCUUCCUAACCAAACUGGAGUGCGAUAACGCAUGUACGCAUAACGACAUCUGCAGACUCCCGAAACCGAAGAAAGCAGAGGGAAAUGAGCCCUCCACAUUGCGCUACUUUUUUAACCAAACCACUGGAGAGUGCGAAAAGUUCUUUUUCAGCGGAUCGAUUCCCCAGGGAAAUAACUUUGCCAACGAGGCCACCUGUCAUAGUGUCUGUAUCGCAUCACCCAACCUCCUGCCUAUCUCUGUGAAGAUAAACAAAAUGGCUGUUUCCAUGGCCCGCCUUGCCACGAAGUUAGACCAUGUGGCGUUAAGCCCAGUCUUACCAAGGGGUCAUAAGUCGACCUGUCUCUCUUCAGCACAGUUGCUAAAUAUCCUCAAGAACGAGACCAUCCAGAAUUGCCAUCCUGGUGGAACAGUGACGGAGCUGGCCUACGCUUACGACGCCGCCUCCGUCACGUGUUUCCCCACGAUGAUUUACGUGUGUCUGGACUACCCCAACGAGCCCUACCGCAUCAAGAUUUUGGGUCGAUCGCUCAUUUUCGAGAGCCAGGCACAUUGCGAAAGUGAAUGCCUUCGCUCUGAAAGAUGA